GAUGACAUCAGAGCGCGUUUCAGCCGCCACCGCCACCGCCAGCGCCAUGAACAGCGUCGGGGAGGCUUGCACCGAUAUGAAGCGUGAGUACGACCAGUGCUUCAACCGUUGGUUUGCCGAGAAGUUCCUCAAAGGUGACGGCUCCGGGGACCCGUGCACCGACCUUUUCAAGCGCUACCAGCAGUGCGUCCAGAAAGCAAUAAAGGAGAAAGAGAUUCCUAUUGAAGGACUGGAGUUCAUGGGCCACAGCAAAGAAAAGCCUGGAAACUCUUCCUAACUUUCCUUCCAUGUGGAAAUGGAUUCCUCGCAUCAGGAAACUGAGAGGACUCCGGAUUUUGUCAGCUAAGGCUAUGAAGGUGGCCGAGGGGUUUGAUGCAUUCAGGAGGAAAGAACUUUUUUCUUCUUGAUGUCCUCUCACUUCCAGAAAAUGAACUGUCACUCGUGCUUUGGAUGAUUACUCACUUGCCCUGGCAUCUUUCAGGAACUUAGUCCACUAAAAUUGAACAGUUUCUUGGGGCUAUAUGGCAAUACAUGAUCUGGAAUCAGCUUUAUUCCUUGGGUGUAAAUAAUGAUAAACUGAUCAAGAUGAUUAGGGUAGACUGACAUCAUGAUUUCUGCUGCAAAAGAUAUUAGGUAUACUAUACAGGGGUCGCUGUUCAUGAGAGCCGUUGGUUAGGACCUCUUUUUCCUCUCAGGGAGCUAAUGCUCUGAAAAGGGAUUCGGACACAACAGUUUCAACAUUGAGAACAUGAUUGUAUUUUAUAUAGUAGCAGUUAUAAUUGCUGUGGCCUGGGUUAGCAAAGACGAAGACAGCUUUUAUCAGCUCUAAGAUCAGAUUAAUGUGAAAACUUGGAGAACUGACAUGAAACCACUUCAGCGCUCACAGCAUGGUUCAUAGUGGCAACGGAAGAACCAUCUAAAUUACAGACUUGCUGUUGCCAACUUUCAACUCAAGCUAAGAAAUUAAAUCAAUCUGCAUAUCAUUAAAAAAGGCAAAAUACACCUGAUUAAAUGGGGGAAAGGUACUUAUUUAUUUUUGUCUAUCCUGUCCUAUGUUUGUAAUCAUGAAGAUAGAAUAAAUUCUAACAUUCAGAUUUUA